GUUACCUCAACGACUACAGGAGGAGUGCUCUGGAACGAGUGGACGAUCUGGGACUGCGGGAACUGAUUGACUACAUCUCUCUGAACAGGAGAACCUUAAUCAAUUUCCGUUCGCUUCAGCCCAUUGAAGAUUCGCGGGACACAAUCGAAUUCCGCCUUUUCCCUUCUACGACAAGCUCUGCGUCAUUUCGACAAUACAUGCUGUUUUUGUUAGCUUUCCUUUCGUCUGCCAUACGUGUCGAUACAACAUACUAUAUCGAUCGGAUCGCGGAAUUAUCAAACGCUGAUCUGGACGACCUUCGCCAGUUCAUCGCCCCACACCCCCAUGAAACAGGAGAGGGUUUCGAUACUAUCGCAUUGUUCGACGGAAAGACUUAUGAUGCAGAUGGCAGACGAAAUGAGCAGGGAAUUUCGCUAGCAAAGUGAAACUGGCAGAAGGUCGCUGAAGAGGCCCGCCGCCUUGCGAAUAUGGCCUCACCUCCGAUUUCGAACCUACUCUACACACCUUGGGAUGAUAUCCUUGGUGCUGAACCAUGAUCUUCUGACUCGCCGGAGGCUCUACAUUGUGCACUGGCAUUCAUUAUUAUCAUGCAUUUGCCGUCUAUUCGCACCAACGUCUCACCAUCUCUUCCUUAUCACGCAUUCACUGUCUCUUCGCAUCAACGUUUUCGUAAGGCUCGCCAUCUCUUCCCUAUCACGCAUUCACCGUCUCUUCGCAUCAACGUUUUCGCAAGGCUCGCCAUCUCCUCGCCAUCUCUUCCCUAUCACGCAUUCACCGUCUCUUCGCAUCAACGUUUUCACAAGGCUCGUCAUCUCUUCCCUAUC